CAUUUAUCCUUAUGCAACCUCAAGUUUUCUUCACAACACUUUGUGCAUGAAGAGAUAUAUAAACAUGAUCCUGACCAACGUGAUCUCAGUUCUCAGAAUGCCGCGACCGGUGCACUUGAUUUUACUACUCUUAAUUGUGGUUCUGGUGUCCUGUUUGGAAGAGCCUUCAGAGCCUACUCUCGCAGAGUCUAAACCUUCCCUGAACAAUGCCAACGACUUAGAUUUAGAUGCUGAUGCAAGCGCCUAUGGAUAUGGAAGACCAUGGCGUUAUGGCGGAGGGAGAGGUUGGGGUGGUUGGGGUGGCUGGAAAGGUGGUGGCUGGAGAGGAGGUGGCUGGGGAGGAGGUGGCUGGGGAGGAGGUGGCUGGAAAGGAGGUGGCUGGGGAGGAGGUGGUUGGGGCUAGUGAGGCAAAGGCGGUUGGUGAUGAUACAAAUGCAAUGAAUCUUUGAUUGAUUGAUAAAUGAAAUACUAUUAAACGUUAAAAUUACUCCAGUUACCAUUUGUUACUUCGUUUUUCGAUGAUUAUAACUUGUAUACUAUAAAAUCCUAUUUUACGUAAAUAAAUUCUAUAUAUCCAA